CUCGCAAUGCUAUAGUGACUCCUUAUUUCAGCGCAUCAAUGGCGCUGGAUGGAUCUAGCGGCUAUGCUGCGUCCGGGAAUUUGGCGAAGCUGACUGAGGCGUCUCUACCGAUGUUCAACGUCGAACAAGUUCAGCUCGCGUUCUCGGUUGCGGCGGAUUUCGUCGCUGCUCAGGUUGCCAACAAUGUCAUAAUCCUUGCCCUUGCUACCGGGAGGAUACUAAGAAUCGACUUGAAUAGCCCAAAGGAUAUAGAUGAUAUCGAUCUGCCUAAGAAGUCCUCCGAGGUUGGUGUCAUCCGUCGCAUGUUCCUUGAUCCUUCAGCGUCACAUUUGAUCAUCACCACCACACUUGGGGAGAAUUAUUAUCUUCAUACCCAAUCCCGACAACCAAAGCCCCUGCCACGGCUGAAAGGCGUCUCUAUUGAAAGUGUAGCAUGGAACCCUGCGCAACCAACAGCAUCCACCCGAGAGAUUCUAGUUGGCGCGGCAGAUGGAAAUAUCUAUGAGGUGUAUAUCGAACCAGCGUCAGAGUUCUACCGCCGAGAUGAGAAGUACAUGCACGGGGUAUACAAACUUACCGGAAUGGCGGUGACGGGGAUCUGGGUAGAUUUCGUUGCUGGUAAACAAGAUCUCCGGCACGUUGUCUUGUCUUCAAAUGGAAGAAUACUUUACUUUAGAGGAAAGGUCGGCAGGCAUGGGAGAGAAGGAGGCGGCUCGUUAUACGCAGAUUUGUUCCAGCGGGAAACGCCACUCGUCCAUGAGCUAUCCUCAGCAUCUUUGUCCGCACCGUCUCUUUUAGCUGUCUUGCCUGAACCUCUUGAUUGUACCCAUGGCGAAGAACCGUUUGGUGAAAAGCAUUUCGCUUGGCUCUCCAGUCAGGGCGUCUUCCAUGGACCCAUUCCUAAUUUAUGCGCUGACCCACAAGUUGGAAACCGUGUAUUUGAUAAUGCGAAAAUGAUUUCUCGCUCAAUUUUACCCGCCACGGAAUCCGCCAGGGGCGGGAAAAAGCUCAUUCAAGACCCAAUAAAGGGAAUGGUCAUGACGCAAUGGCAUAUCCUCGCCCUAGUCGAAGGCCGCAUCGUCGCCAUCAACCGGCUAAGUGGCGAAAUAGUAUACGACCAGGCCGUACUUGAACCAGGCGAAAGCUCCCUGGGACUGGUUUCGGAUUCGAAGAAAAGCACUUAUUGGCUUUUCACUGCGAAAGAAAUAUUCGAAAUCGCUGCCAACAACGAAGACAGGGAUAUAUGGAAAACAUUCCUCAAAGAGCAGAAAUUUGAUGCUGCCUUACGAUAUGCCCACGACGCAGCUCAGAAGGAUGCUGUUGCUACUGCUUCUGGUAACUAUCUAGCUAGCAAGGGCCAGUUCCUUGACGCUGCUCAGGUUUGGGGCAAAAGCAGUAAACCUUUCGAGGAAGUUUGUUUAACGUUUAUUGACAAAGGAGAGAUGGACGCAUUACGAAAGUACCUGUUGACUCAAAUGUCCGUAUAUAAGAGGUCCUCAGCGAUGCAACGGACAAUGAUAGCUAGCUGGCUCAUCGAGGUUUUCAUUUCAAAAAUGGAUUCCCUAGACGAUGCAGUCUUAACACGGGCCGAACUAUCAGAGGGAUCCAAUUCUGUGGAAGCGAAGAACCAGCUACAGAAAAUCAAAUCCGAAUUUCAAGCUUUUGUAUCAAAAUACAAAGCCGAUCUGGACUCUAAAACUGUCUAUGAUAUUAUCGGGAGCCAUGGUCGCGAAGAGGAAUUGCUGUACUUUGCAAUCACGAUCAACGACCACAACUUCGUGUUAUCCUAUUGGGUCCAGCGCGAGAAAUGGGCUGAAGCCCUAGAUGUGCUGAAGAAGCAGACUGACCCGGAAGUCUUCUAUAAGUACAGCAGCGUCUUGAUGACGCACGUUGCUACAGAUCUCGUCGAUAUUUUAAUGCGGCAGACGAACCUUGACCCAUCCAAACUCAUUCCGGCCCUUCUAAGCUACAAUAAAGACACAAAGGUUUCUCUUUUGCAAAACCAGGCCGUUAGAUACCUUAAUUUCAUUAUCAACAACCACCCCGACCCUUCGGCAGCCGUGCAUAAUACCUUAAUCUCCAUAUACGCCUCUCAUCCUUCCAAAUCGGAGGCCGGCCUUCUUACCUACCUUGAGUCUCAACCUAUAUCUCCGCCUCCAUAUGAUGCAGAUUUUGCGCUGCGAUUAUGUAUCCAGCAUGGUCGCGUUCAGUCCUGUGUCCAUAUUUAUAGCAUGAUGGGUCAAUAUCUCGAGGCUGUGCAGCUAGCUCUGAAGCACGAUGACAUUGAACUAGCAGCACUUGUUGCUGAUCGGCCGGAAGGAAAUAACAAACUACGGAAGAAGCUCUGGCUCCUUGUUGCGGAAAAAAAGAUCCACCAACCGGGGACUGGAAUCAAAGACGCGAUUGAAUUUCUUCGUCGGUGUGAACUCCUUCGCAUUGAAGAUCUCAUACCGUUCUUCCCGGAUUUUGUCGUGAUUGAUGAUUUCAAAGACGAAAUUUGUACCGCUUUGGAAGAUUAUUCUCGCCAUAUCGAUUCUCUGCGGCAGGAAAUGGACAAUUCAGCCCAUGUUGCCGAUGAAAUUAGAAGAGAAAUUGCAUCUUUGGGCACCCGGUAUGCAAUCGUCGAACCGGGAGAGAAGUGCUGGAUAUGUUCGCUGCCAGUGCUCAGCAGGCAGUUUUUCGUGUUCCCGUGUCAGCACGCGUUCCAUAGCGAUUGUUUGGGGAGGAAAGUGAUGGCUGCUGCAGGUGCAGGGAAGAGAAGACACAUCAAGGAUUUGCAGGCCGAAAUGAGUAAGACGACAAACACCGCUGCGAGAAGGGAGCAGGUUAUUCGGGAGUUGGAUGGCUUGGUCGCCGAAGCUUGUAUUUUGUGUGGUGAUUAUGCUAUUAAACAAAUUGAUGAGCCGUUUAUCACCGCAUCGGAUGAUAAAACUGAAUGGUCACUUUGA